AGGGUUCUUGGGCACCAGACCUUUUUUUAGGGUACCUCUUUUAGGGUUGUUGGGCAUUCUCUUUUAGGGUUUUUGGCGAUGGCGCUCAAGUUUCUCAACAAGAAGGGAUGGCACACGGGGAGCCUGCGCAACAUCGAGACGGUGUGGAAGGCCGAGCAGAAGCGCGACGUGGAGAAUCGCAAGCUUGAGGAGCUCCAGAAGCAGAUCAAGGAGGAGCAGGAGCAUUUGGAGUUUCGCAAGCUCCAGGAGCAAGCGGGGCUGGUGCCGAAGCAGGAGCGCUUGGAUUUUCUAUACGAAUCCGGGCUGGGCGUUGGCAAGCCGUCGAAUGAGGAGUAUUUGCUUGGAAAACCUCUGGAGGAAUCGAAAGGGGAGAGCGUGAUCCAGCAGGUGGCCGCCACGCCGGGAUCGCUGUUCGUGGAGGAGAAGAUCUCGGCUAAUGACCAGUGGAGGAAAAUUCGAUCGGAUCCUUUGCUCUUGAUCAAGCAGCAAGAGCUGGCGGCUCGGGAGCGGAUCAAGAACAAUCCCUUGAAGAUGGAAGCCUUGCGAAAAGAGGUAGAGACUAAGAUCAAAGCGAAAGAGGAAAAGAAAGAGGAGAAGAAGCGAUUGAAAGCACAGAUCAAAGCCGAGGAGAAGCAGAAGAGGAAGGCGUUGAAGAAGAUGAUGAAGAACAACGAUGGUCGCGAGCCAGAAACAGAGAUGGUCGACGGAGAAGACAGCCGUAGCCAUGCCAGGGAGAAUGGCGAGGACAGGCAUAGAAGCAGCAGAGCUUCCGAGGACGAUGACAGGUAUAGUAGAAGAAAAAGAUCUGCCAGAGACGACGACGACGAAGACAGGCACAGAAGCAAAAGAAUCGCUUCUUCGCAGGAUGAUCGACGAGAUCCAAGCUCUUCGGAAAGUGGUCGACAAGUUCCAAGGAGAGCUUUCGAGAGGGACGAACAAGAGAGGUAUAGAAGCAAGCCAAGUACCGAGAACGAUGAUACGAGAAGCCGGAGGGAGAGACAUGACAGUCCAGACAUGGAUGAUAGGCAGCGCAGGCACGAAGACAGGCACAGGGAAAGCCGAGCUUUUGGAAAGCCACCGCUGCCGAGAAAGAAAGUCGAGCUGAGCGAGGAAGAGAAGAUGGCGAGGCUGCGAGAGAUGCAGCAGGACGCGGAGCUUCACGAGGAGCAGCGAUGGCAGCGGAUCAAAAAGGCGUCGGCGAGUGACGCGAUCCAGGCGGAGAAGGACUCGAUCAAGUCGUCGAGAAACUUUCUGGACGAGGCGAACAGGAGUGUCUAUGGUGCCGAAGGUGGAGGAAACUCCUCGGUCGCGGAUACUUUGCACCGGCGGUCGCAUUACCGCGAGAAGUUCACGGACAAGAACGCGUUUCGAAGAUCGUGAGAGAAAGUUCUCGAGACACUAUCGAUCGAUUGGAAGAAGAAAGUUGGCAAGAACCAGAUUGUGAAAGAGUUCUCGAGCGUGUCGUAAACUAUCGAUCCAUUGGAAGAACAGUUGGUUUUACUUUUUGGGCUAAAUGUAUGUUUUAAAUAUUGAAAACUCAAA